GGCUUAUAGAUAUCCGACCGACGAUACGAACUUAGUAAUUAUACUCCUAAUAUUUUUUGAUUUAAAACCCAAUUUACAUCUACAAUUAACGAAUAUGAAUGCGAAGGUAGUCGUGAUGUUUGUGAUGCUGGUGAUGGUGACGCUGACGACAGGGCGACCACAAACGGCCGAUUCAUCGCCACCGGUCCGCUACAACUUCGACUGGGGCGUGCUGGACGCCGAGAGCGGCCAGAACUUCGGUCACAGCGAAGCCCGGGAGGCGGACUUCACUUCGGGCCAGUACUACGUGCAGCUGCCCGACGGCCGCAGGCAGAUGGUCACUUACAGAGUGGAUGGCGACAGUGGCUUUGUGGUAGACGUGAACUACCUGAGAUGAGUUCCUGUUGUUCACUCACCACAUGUGAUGAUUUUGUGAUGUUCGAGUCAUCAUGCAUCACCAUCAAGGAUGUCUGUAGUGUCCGACUGCAUGUGUACCAUCAGUGAUGUUGUUGUUUAAUGAUCAAGCGUUUUAUUUCAAUUUAUUAAUCAAUGAUGUUAGUUUCACCAUCAAUGAUGUUUUAAUGAUCAAGCAAUCCGGGCGUUGAUGUUUGUGAUGUUCGAAAGUUCAUCAAGUACCUCUGGUCAUUCCUGUAAUGUUCAACUGUUAACGUACCACCAGGGAUGAUUUCUGUGAUGUUCGAAUGUUCACGUACCAUGAAUAAUGAUGGAAUGAUGUGUAACUGUUCUGGCAAUUCGAGUGAUGACUUUAAAUAAUAAGUGACUGCUUGUGAUGACGAUACUAUGAUCAAUAUGAAGGUUUCUCCGA